UGUAAAUUGGGGUGGGUGGCUAUGGAUGGGAGGGGAGCUGGACUGACCUAUGGUGAGGACCCCUGCCUUACUCCCCAUCCUUCCCUCAGCCACCAUGUUCAACCAGCAGCAGCAGCAGCAGCUCCAGCACUUACAGCAGCAGCAGCAGCUUCAGCAACAGCAAUUGCAGCAGCAGCAGUUGCUGCAGCUCCAGCAGCUGCUCCAGCACUCCCCACCGCAGCCUCCGCUGCCUAUGGCUGUCAGCCGGGGGCUCCCUCAGCAGCAGCCACAGCAGCAGUUUCUGAAUCUCCAGGGUGCCAACUCGGCCUCCCUCCUCAAUGGCUCAGUGCUACAGAGAGCUUUGCUUUUGCAGCAGUUGCAAGGACUGGACCAGUUUGCAAUGCCACCAGCCACGUAUGACAGUGCCGGUCUCACCAUGCCCACAGCAACAUUGGGUAACCUCCGAGGCUACAACAUGGCAACCCCGACCCUGACCACCCCCAGCCUUACGCCACCCCAGCUGGCCACUACAAAUCUGCAGCAGUUCUUUCCCCAGGCCACCCGCCAGUCCCUGCUGGGUCCCCCUCCUGUUGGGGUGCCCAUGAACCCCUGUCAGCACAACCACUCUGGGCGGACCCCCCAGAAACAGACUCGGACCUCCUCCUCCACCACCCCUAAUCGCAAGGAUUCUUCUUCUCAGACGAUGCCUGUGGAAGACAAGUCAGACCCCCCAGAGGGGUCUGAGGAAGCUGCAGAGCCCCGCAUGGACACACCGGAAGACCGGGAUUUGCCCCCGUGCCCAGAUGGUGUUGCUAAGGGGAGACGCACUCCAGCGCCUGAGCCUGAGCCUUGUGAGGUGUCUGAGCCACCCGCCAAGAGGUUGAAGAGCUCAGAAGAGCCCCUAGAGAAGGGGCCUCCAAGGCAGCUACAGGCAAAGGUCCAGCCACAGGCCCGGAUGACAGCACCAAAGCAGACACAGACACCUGAGCUGCUGCCCGAGCCACGGGAAGCCCAAGUGGUGCCACGAUUCCAGCCACGGGUUCUGCAAAUCCAGGCCCACGUGCAGCCACAGACUCAGCCACGGAUGCCACCAGUGGACACCCAGGUGCAGCCAAAGCUGCAGAAGCAGGCGCAGACACAGACCUCUCCAGAGCACUUAGUGCUGCAGGAGGAGCAGGUGCGGCCACAGGCACAUGCACAGCCCCCAAAACAGAUGCAGCUGCAGCUGCAGAAGCAGGCACAGACACAGACAUAUCCACAGGUACACCUGCAAGCACAGGCAGGGAUCCAGCCACUGGAGCAGCCACCAGAGCAACCUUUGGCACAGGUGCUAGUGCAGCCACUGGAGCAGACCCAGGGUCAGCCUCAAGCCCAGCCACAGGUAUCAGUGCCAGCCCCAGAGCAAGCACCGGUUCCUGUUCAUGCCAUGGCGCUGGAGACAGCACUGGAGAGGCCGCCUGAUAGGGUAGAGGCUGUGGAAGGUGUGGAGGAGGCCUCGCCGGAGCCGGCGGGCCCCCAGGUCAGCGUGGAAGAGAGCCAGGAAAAGUCGGCCAGUGGCCUGGAUGUGGGCGAAUGUGAAAAAAGAGCAAGAGAGAUGCUCGGGGUGUGGGGUGCCGGCAGCUCCCUGAAGGUCACCAUCCUGCAGAGCAGCGACAGCCGGGCCUUUAGCACCGUACCUCUCACACCCGGGCCCCGUCCUGCUGACUCCACCUCUGCCACUGCUGCGGCUGCCAGCACGCCCUCUAAGCAGGCCCUCCAGUUCUUCUGCUACAUCUGCAAGGCCAACUGUGCAAGCCAGCAGGAGUUCCAGGACCACAUGGCGGCGGCUCAGCACCAGCAGCGGCUUGGGGAGAUCCAGCACAUGAGCCAGGCCUGCCUCUUGUCCCUGCUACCUGUGCCCCGGGAUGUCUUGGAGAGAGAUGAAGAAGAGCCUCCCCCUAGGCGCUGGUGCAACACCUGUCAGGUGUACUACAUGGGGGACCUGAUCCAACACCGCAGGACACAGGACCACAAGCCAGCCACACAGGGAAGAGAUGUGUUUUCCCAUGUGCCAUUGCAGGGACACAGCCUGGCAUAUUCAGAUGUGAUCGCCAAACAAUCCCUGCGACCCUUCUGCACUGUUUGCAACCGCUACUUCAAGACCCCCCGCAAGUUUGUGGAGCACGUGAAGUCCCAGGGGCACAAGGACAAAGCCAAGGAGCUGAAGAUGCUUGAGAAGGAGGUAACCGGCCAAGACGAGGACCACUUCAUCACGGUGGAUGCCGUGGGUUGCUUCGAGGGCGAUGAAGAGGAGGACGAUGACGAGGAUGAAGAGGAGAUCGAGGUCGAGGAGGAAUUCUGCAAGCAGGUGAGGUCCAGAGAUAUAUCCAUAGAGGAAUGGAAGGGUUCAGAGACCUACAGCCCCAACACUGCAUAUGGCGUGGAUUUCCUGGUGCCCGUGAUGGGCUAUGUCUGCCGCAUCUGCCACAAGUUCUACCACAGCAACUCAGGGGCACAGCUCUCCCACUGCAAGUCCUUGGCCCACUUUGAGAACCUGCAGAAAUACAAGGCGGCUAAGAACCCCAGCCCCACCACCCGGCCUGUGAGUCGCCGGUGUGCGAUCAACGCUCGGAACGCCUUGACUGCCCUGUUCACUACCAGUGGCCGCCCACCCACUCUGCCCAGCACCCAGGACACAGCCAAAACCCCCAGCAAGGUGACGCCUCGACCCCCCCAGCCCCCACCACCCCGGCGCUCAGCCCGCCUUAAAACCUGAUAGAGGGAGCUACCAGGGCUCAGCCUGUUUGGGUCCAAAUCUGCUAAUGCUUUUUAGGAGUCUGUAUGGAAACUUUAACAUGUUUGGUGUUUUUACUCAAAAUCCAAUAAAAGAAGGUAGUUUGGCUGCA